CGCCGCUACUUUUCGUCUGACAUCCGUUCAUUGAUAAUUGAGUGAACAUGCUCACAUAACUUGACAUUGCUGGAGUUGACAUGGGUGACAUUUGUAUUCUGUAAAUUUUUCGGCAUUUAACACAAAUCGUGAAGGAAGGCAGAAAAAUAGAAGGUCUAAAAGUAGAAGAAGAAGAAGUAAAAGUUCUUUAUAUUUUUAUACUCCCCAACAUAGAGGCGUGAUUUAGAAAAAAUUAUAUAGUGAGAGCGCUAAGCGUUCGAAAUAGAAAGUGAGCAGGGUUAUCCUGAAUACAAAGCAUUAUCACAUCCUUGAAGGAUUUGAGCACAUACGUAAAUUGCUAAUAAUUGGAUUGCGUGCUUUGUGGAAGUGACCCUGAGUAAGCGCCGCUGUCUUAGCAAAUAAAUACAUAUAGCAGAACUAGGUGCAGUGUGCAGUGCCGCUGUGUUGACGACGUGAAGUGUUGAAACUGUCAAGACAAGGUCGGUCGGACUGCUGAGUAAAAACCCAGACAGUAAUCAACUAAAUUACACAUUUAAUUCUUUUUACACCUGCUAAAGAAGCUGUGAAAGUUUAAAACACUCAAAAUGGAUGUGUUCCUUAUGAUACGAAGACAUAAGACAACAAUUUUUACCGAUGCCAAGGAAAACACAACUGUUGCGGAACUUAAGCGUAUGAUUGAAGGUAUCCUAAAAGUACGUCCGCACGAUCAAAAACUAUACAAUCAGGACAAUGAGGUGAUGGAGGACGAUAACACUUUGCAGGAUUAUGGUAUUCAAAUGUCUACAGCUAAAGCGCAAGCUCCUGCACAAUUAGGACUAGCAUUAAGAGACGAACAUGGAGAUUUCGAACCGCUCGAAAUCACACCAUACUCAUCGCCACCAGAUCUACCUGAAGUUAUGAAAAAUCAAGAGGCAGCUAAUGGCCAAGAGCAGGUUGCAUAAAAUAGUACACUUGAUGCUGAUAUAAAAACCAACAACAAAACAACAACUAAAAACUGCAAUAAUAGGUCAAACGUAUCUUACACCACGAAAUGGAUGGCAUGCAGAAAAAAACUUGAAAUUUAAGAGGAAUAAAAUUACAAAUUCAACAUGUUUUUCAAAAAUGAACACAUCCAUGCUUUCUUUAAAAAAAAUUAUAACAUUUAUAAAAUUCUUACUUGCUAAGUAAUUUGAGCUAAUGUGUCUUUUAACUAAGCAGCAAAAAACGAAAAAUCCAAAACUUAAUGACUUGGAAUUUAACAUCAUAACUCUUCUUCAAAUUUAUUUUUUUUUUUAUUAAUAUUAUUUUUUUUAUAAAUGCAAAAACCACUUUUGUCAAUCGAAACGUUUUUAUAUUUUAAAUACGCUCAAGGAAGAGCUAAUUUACUUUGUAGUUGUCAAUGAAUUUAUAAGUAAUUUAAAAUUGCCUUUUUUACCUCUAAUGCCGUGCAUAUCUCUAACUAAUUUUUUGUGUUUCUUUUCAUAUCUCUUUUUUAAUUGUUAACAUAAAAAGAAUUAUAACAAAGAAAACAAACUUACAUAUGCUAUUAUUAAGCGGCUCAAAAUUCGCAGAAAGAAAAAAUAAUUCUAAAUUCUAUAAUUAAACAAUU